AUGUAGUUUAGAUGCGGAGUCUGUGGUCGCCAUCAUCACGCGUGGUUUUCCCCCGAUGUUCAACCAGUGACGAUUUCCGCAGGCAUUAGGUGUUUGUUUUACGAAGAAGUACUUGAAGUAGAUUUGCUUUUGUUUCGAUUGUCGUUUUAUUUAAUUUUUUUGCCAGUGUAUUUGCUUACAUUCAUCGUCUCCGUUCGCGGGGAACUCAGAGAGGAGCCAUGUACAACGGCAUUGGCCUGACCACGCCACGAGGCAGCGGCACCAACGGCUAUGUGCAGCGCAACCUGUCGAGCGUGCGGGCAAAGCGUCCACGGGACGAGCGUGGCGGCGAGCGGGACGAGAAGGACCGUGAGAGGCUGGAGAGCCAGCUGAACCGUCAGCCCAACGCCGAGAUCCUGGAACACCAGAGAAAGAGGCAACUGGAGGUCAAGUGUGCAGAGCUGCAGGACAUGAUGGAAGAGCAGGGGUAUUCCGCUGAGGAGAUUGAAGAGAAGGUGAACAGCUUCCGCAUGAUGCUGCAGGAGAAGCAGGAGCCACCUUCGGCCCCCACCGAGAGAACAUCGGCGACAGAGACUCACGCCCUGGCUGCAGCCAAUCAGCAGAAGAACGACCGGCUGAAGGCGGCGUUCGGCAUCGCCACGGACUAUGUAGAUGGCUCCUCCUUCCAUCCGGAGCGCAAGGAGCGAGAGAAGGAGAAGAGGGAGCAGGAGAAGCUGGAGAGGGAGAAGCAACAGCAGCAGAAAUAUGCGCUGGUAGAAGAGUCAGAGGACUCGGACUCCCCAGCCCGAAAACAGAGCCGCAAGAAGAAAAGGAAGAAAAACAAGAACAGAGACAGCUCAGAGAGCCCCUCUCCUAGACGGGUGAAAAAAACUAAAAAGAAGAAAAAGAAAAGGGACGGGUCGGAAGAAAAGGAUGACAAAGAUAGCUCCUCAGACGAGAACCAGGCGUCUAAGAAAAAACGCAAGAGAAGUGAAAAUGAGACUCUGCCCCAGAGUAAGACACGGCGCCAUAGGAGUGGGUCCUCCAGCUCUGCUCACAGCCAAUCCCCUGCCCCGCUGAGAGAGAGGCAGAAGAACCAGCCUGUCAAGAGAGCAGAGGGGAGAAAGGGGCCAUCUCCAGACAGGAGGGAGCGUGGUCGCGAGGACGGGAGUCCACAGCGUUCGGGAGGCAGAGCGAGAUCUCCCAGGUAUCCCAGCUCCCCUGAACGCCGACCGAGGGCAGACAAGGAACGGGAGAAGGAGCGACUGAAGGACAAAGAGAAAGAAAGAGAGGAGCGUGAGAAAGUGAAGCCUACCAGAACAAGACACGACUCUUCUUCCCCCUCUCCUCCUCGACUGGAACGAGAGAAAGCCAGGCGCUCCAGAAGUGGAGAGAGGGAUAGAGGAAAGGAGAGAACAAUGCUGCAGAGGAGCAGACACGACUCUUCUUCAUCCCCCUCUCCACCCCCGAAACAACUGGACACCAGGAAACAGAGGAGCGGAAAGAAGGACAAACCACAAAGACGAGACUCCUCCUUGUCUCCAUCUCCAGAAACAGAGGGAGCAAGGAGAGGAAGGAGUGGAGAAGGGGAGCGAGGUAAGGAAAGAAAUGCCCGAGCCCCAGCUGACAGAGAGAGGGGGAGAGGGAGUGAGAAAGAAGGAUCUCCCCCUAGUCGGAAAAGUGAUGGCGGGAGAGGUAGAAACUCAUCCCGCGACUCCACAUCCCCUGUCCCUCAGUCACCUCUCAUCAACGGACGACAGAAAGAAAGGGAGCACGAGGGAAGGAGAGGGAAAGAGGGGAAACCGGAGGAGAGGGGGAAAGAGGGGAAACCGGAGGAGAGGGGGAAAGAGAGGAAACCGGAGGAGAGGGGGAAAGAGAGGAAACCGGAGGAGAGGGGGAAAGAGAGGAAACCGGAGGAGAGGGGGAAAGAGAGGAAACCGGAGGAGAGGGGGAAAGAGAGGAAACCGGAGGAGAGGGGGAAAGAGAGGAAACCGGAGGAGAGGGGGAAAGAGAGGGAGAGGGAAUUAAGCAGAGAGAGGGAGAAACAAGAGGAGCAGAGGAAGCGGGAGAGCGAAAGGGAAAAAGAGAGGGAGCGAAACCGAGAUGGAGGGAGAGAGCGCGAGAGGUCCGGCAGACUGUCUUCUACCCAACAACAUCCGUCUAGAAUUUUGUCUGAAGACCUCCGCGCGGAGCGACAGGGUGAGGGGGAGAGGAGGGAGAGGGAGAAAAAAAGACACGCGGAGGAGGACAACAGGCGGGAGAACAGAGACCGAAGCCUGCCGGAAAAGGAGCGAGAGAAGGAGUUGGAGAGGGCAAAGGAAAGAGAGAAGGAGAAACCAAAAGCGAAGGAGAGCAGCAGUAGCAGCGGGAGUGACAGCGACAGCUCUUCCUCAUCCUCUGACUCAUCAUCAUCAUCCUCCUCUUCUUCCUCAUCCUCCGAGGGAGAGAAGAAAAAGGGAACAGUGGUGAAGAGCGGCCCAGUGAUAAAAGCCCCCCCCGCUCUCAUCUCCCCUCCCGCUGUAGGUGCUGCCUUCCAGAGGUAUCUGGCCAAUGGGGGCAGAGAGAGCGCUUCAGAGAGUGACGGACAGAGAGCUACCGGGAGAGAGAAGGAACGUGAGAGAACAGGAGGGGACAGGUCCAUGCUCUCUGAAAGGGAAAACCCGCCCCCUGCUCCCCAAAAGGCACCUGUCUCCCAACUCCCCUCUGCUGCAGAGCGCUACCCCCCCACAGACAGAGAGAAGGAGCGAGGGAAGGGACAGGAGAGGUACAGCCCCACCGAGGUAGAGAGCUCCAGCCCUCCACCCUCUCCUCCCAGAAGAGGAGCCCCCCAAGGCGGAGGCGAGAGGUACUCCCCCACUGAAGUGGAAAGAGAGAAGGAGAGAGAGGGAGGGGUGAAGAGCCAGGCCAGGAGGGCAGAGAGGUACAGCCCCUCUGAGCAGGAGAGAGAGUGGGAGAGGAGGGCGCCCUCCCCAAAAGCCCCCGCAGCAGCAGUUGUCCCGCGGCCCUCCCCCCCUCGCCGCACCCCCCCACGGCAGUACCAGGACCCCCCCACUUGCUCCCCCAGCCCCCGACGACAAGCCGCCACCCGGAGAGCCUCCCCUCCUUCCCGCUCCCCGACUCGCCACUACGCCCCACGGCGGAGCCGCAGCCGGGAGCUAGAGCACAACCGAGAGAGGCAGAGAGCGAGGGAUAGAGGGAGAGAUCGUUCCAGAGACAGAGGAGCCAGGAGGAGCAGGUCGAGGAGUCCCAGAAGACGCAGUCCCUUCUACAGGUCCCGGCGAUCCCCCUCUCCCGUUCGACAAAGGAGAAGCAGCCACUCGCUAUCCAGAGAAAGGCAGAGACACCAGGAGAGAGAGAAGAAUAGAGAGCUGGAGAGAGCGAGGGAAAAAGAGCGGCAACGUGAAAAAGAGCAAGAGAGGCGAGAGCGCCAACCUCUUAAAGAGGUCCCCCCACCCCGUCGCUCUCCCUCUUCCUCUUCUGGUUCUUCUUCUUCCUCAUCCCCCUCUCCGGCCCGAGAGAGAAAGGAGCCGCCUGUAGAAAAGUUGAUGAAACCAACGGUAGAGAAAGACCGAAGAGGUGAUAGAGAGGAGCGAGAGAAAGGGGGAGACAGAGGAAGGAAGGCUUGUUCCAUCUCCUCACCGCUCCCCUCCAAGGAGACCAGUCCCCUUCCCAGCCAAUCAGAAAUCAGAGCCCACCCCAAAGAAACACGGCACUCUGACCCGCCCCGCUCCAGGUCGCCACAGGCCCUCAGCCAUUCAGAGACAAGAGUCUCUCUACGAGAUACCUCGAGGACCCAAUCACCUGCGGUGCUCCCCUCACGCGGCUCUGACCGACCAGUCAGGACUGAAAACGGUGUGAGCGAGAAGGGGGCCAAAGAGAAAAAGAAAGGAAAGAUGGGAAGCCCCAGCUCAUCAUCAUCAUCUUCUUCCUCCUCCUCGUCAUCUUCCUCUUCGUCUUCAUCAGACAGUUCUGACUCUGAUGCAGAGCACGGAGAAGCAGGUGCCAGGAUAGCGGCUGCCCAUAGCUCUUCCUCCUCCUCGUCCUCCUCAUCAUCCUCUUCUGAAAGCGAGAAGGAAGACAAGAAAAAGAGCCCGGCGCGACCUCACAGAGUGCCAGCUGAUUCGCUGAGAGACUCGCGCUCCCUCAGCUACUCUCCACCCAGACAGAGGCGACCUGCACAUUCCCCACCCACCCGCAGGAGUGGCAGCAGGCAGUCCCCAAGCCGAUCUCCAAGCAGUAGGAGAAGAAAAUGACCCUUCACUCUGAAAUGUAACUAACUUUUCCCCUCAAUCCUCAGAUUUUUCCUAAACACUUCUGGGCUGGUUUGAACUGGACUGUACCAUUGAAUAUUAUAGGGAGGGGGAAGUUAUGGACAUUUGAUCUGUGAAUGACUGAGUGAAUUAAGCGUUGUUGUUGAUUCUGUGGCAUGAGGAUAGCACCACAGGAAGAGAGAGGCAGAAUUUGAAACCCAACAGAGGCCAAGAAGUCUGCUUUUAGUCAAGGGUUUCUGUACAUUUUGUUUUAUGCUGUACUGUAAGGAAGAAAUGUAACUGUAAAUGGUAGGUGAGAGUCCAUGAUAGGAAAGUAACCUCUGCAGACCCAUACAGACUGGAGUGAAGCAUUCCAGAAUCAAAACACACACACACACACAGUCCUAUUAAAUUAUCUCACAACAACAAAGUAAUGUUCACUGCGCUUUUUCUGCCCCCUCUGUAUUUGUGCAUUCUACAUGUAGAUAUGACUCAUCUGUAUUUUGGUUAUCACCGAAUGGAAUACGUGCUGUUUCCAUAUAUGUUGACUAGAAACUGCAACUCUUGGUUUGUUUCUCUUUGUGAAAAUAAAAAGUUGUAUCUUCA